CGCUCGGUCCCCGCUGAUUCCCCGAUCACCCUCCUCAACGUUUGGGGUAGCGUUUCUUAGCUUCAAGUUAAAGCAAUUCAAAAGACGUCGCAGGCUCUGUCUUAGCAUGUUCAGGAAGAUAUUCUCACUUGACUAAUUCAUCGACAAUGACUAUCAGUCUCCAUCGUACAGCCUUCUUCGAGGCUAUCCUGAAGCACGAGGGGUCCUCGGUCGCUGUAGUGGAGAACGAAUCUGGCGCAAGCUUCUCCUACAGUUCAUUGCUUAAUAGCGUGGCGCACGCCAAAGAGCAGCUACUCAUCAAGACUGGGAAAUGCGAUACUAGUAUUUCGGGCGAGAGAAUUGCUUUCAUGGUGGAAAGUGGUUAUGAAUAUGUUGUGACACUCUUGGCCAUCCUCGCAUGCAAUGCCAUUGCUGUGCCACUAGCCCCUUCUUUCCCUGCGCCGGAACUAAGAUACAUCAUGAAUAACAGCGAGGCCCUUGUUCUCAUCUCCUCAGCCAAGUAUGCUCCCAAGGCUGAGGAAGUACUCAUGGAAGGCUUGGACAGAACCCCCUUAUUCUAUGGACUUGAGGGAACACGAAACAUCUCCACGAUUGAGGAAGAAGUCAAAUUGCGUGACUUCUCAGAUGAACCUCGCGGCGGUAUGAUGCUGUUCACCUCGGGAACAACUGCACGACCCAAAGGUGUCGUUCUGUCUCAGACAAACCUCACAGCCCAAGCAAAGUGUCUUCUGGAAGCAUGGAAAUAUACUCCCAAUGACAGGCUCUUGCAUGUCUUGCCACUUCAUCACAUCCACGGUACCGUCAACGCUCUUCUCACACCGCUGCUGGCUGGUAGCAGCAUUGAGUUCAUGUACCCGUUCAACGUGAACUCUGUCUGGACGCGACUGGCUGCACCAUUCCUACCAACCGAACAAGUAAAUGGCCACGUUGGGAAGACGAAUGGUGUUCAUAAAGAUGAGACAAAAACGCCCAUCACAUUCUUCACCGCAGUCCCUACGAUCUGGUCGCGAAUGCUAAAGGCCCAUGAGUCUUUAUCACACGACAUGCAAGCGGCCGGUAAAAUAGCCGUAUCCCCAAAGAAUCUACGACUUAACAUCUCCGGCUCAGCAGCUCUACCAAAACCAAUCCGCGAUGGCUGGAUGCAACUCACGGGCGGAAAUGUACUUCUCGAGCGUUACGGAAUGACUGAAGUCGGAAUGGCGCUCUCGUGUGGUCUUGAGACUACUGACCGCGUUGACGGCUCUGUAGGCUGGCCACUUCCAUCCGUUAAAGCGCGUCUCAUGGAAACUGAUGACGAAACUGGAGUUCAAACCGUAAUUGAACAUGGUGCCGAGAUCGAUACUCACUCUGGAAAGGAGCGUAUUGGAGAGAUUCAACUUCGUGGCCCUACUGUGUUCAAGGGAUAUUGGCGCAACCCUGAAGCUACUGCGAAGGAGUUUACUACCGAUGGAUGGUUCAAGACAGGCGAUAUCGCCAUUCGACGAGAAGUGACAGAAUCUGGUCUCGGAAAAUCAGGCUCCUGGGCAAAAGGACCAGCGUACUUCAUCCAAGGCCGUCGAAGUGCAGAUAUAAUCAAGACAGGUGGUGAGAAAGUCUCAGCCCUCGAAGUCGAGCGCGAGAUUCUUGCCCUCCCCGAAGUCGACGAGUGCGCGGUCGUUGGUCUACCAUCUGAAGCUUGGGGUCAGAAAGUCGCAGCUGUGAUUGUUCUCAGCAACAAGACUGGUGAAUCGAUGAGUCUGCAGAAUCUGAGGAGCGCGCUGAAGCCGAGAAUCACGGCAUAUAAGAUUCCGCAGGAUAUGGAGAUUGUUGAAGGGUUGCCGCGGAAUGCUAUGGGAAAGGUGAAUAAGAAGGAAUUGGUGGCUAGUGUUUUUGGAGCGGUUGAGAAGAUUAGGAGAAGGAGUAUUGAUCUGCAAACCAGACGCCCUGUUAUGAAUGGCCAUCGUGGUUGAAUCGUCUAGGCUUAGGCACUAUGUAUUGAAGAAGACUGGUCAAACAUUCAGCAUUGCACUUAUAUAAACUUUCAUCUAUGUCAAGGUCCCAUAGCUGGACAUUGCCUGAGUGUAUGUAAAGCAGGGUUCGUACGGAGGAAUGCCACGAGGAAUAAGUGCAGGGACCACCAACACAGAUGAUAAAGAAAGCUGGGUAUGGUUCUACAGUUGAGGCUUGGAG